UUAUUAUGCAUCAACAGCCAUGUGAUAAAGGAGUAUUUAGGAGUAGCUUGAGAAAACCAAAUAACUUACUCCCAACCACACUUCUGUUGUACCACCCUGAUGAGCUCCCAAGUCUCAUAGGUAGAGAACAUAGUCUGAUAGUCAGAUCCUCUUUUCCAUAGGCUAACAUCAUCACCCUCCACCAUCAACUCUCUCGUGAAAUCAAUAAUGUCUUCCACAUCAUUGUAUCUCUGAACUCUUUGCCUCCUCCUCCUAUGAUAAAAUAAUCACAUCAUUCACCGUGGCAUGCGAACUAACACUCAUAUCAAUGAACCCUCUUUCACCAAAUAUAUCAAAAAGAACUCCCGCUUCCGACCAACAAUCAAACCAGAAAGAGGUACUCUUCCCAUUCUUUAUCUCCUUCUUAUAAAACUCUCGAGCUAUGCUUCUGAGUUUAAUAAGCUUCUGAGUUUAAACUCUCUUAUUAUUAGUAUAAGAAAAUAACUCAAAACUUAAGUUCUCAUUCUCUAAACUCUUAUUAGCUAUGUCACAUUUCGAUAUCUUCUUAUAUAGUGUCUAAUAACUCCUAAUCCUAUUAAUUAACAUAUCUAGAUAACUCCUAAACAUAUUGUAAAUCCUAAUUUCUAAUUUCAAAAGGAUUAGGUCUUUAACUUAUCUCUUAAGUUUCAUUUUCUUUUAUGCUUAAUCCAAGUCUUGGCAUUCUAUGAGUAGGUUCGACGUAGAUGAACUCUCUUCAGUUUUCAGCAGCGGUCACACACACACACACAAAAUGUACUUAAAAUUCAAAGGAUCUGGUCACAAAUACGUGCAAACCAUUUUGUCUGUCUCCAUCAAACAUCGUAAAGUUGAAAAAUCAAAUAUUUUCUUUUUCCUUAAAUCCUCAUUCUAUUACAAGAUCCUCGCAUCUAUACACACACAUGAAUCAUGAUAGUAACCACAUGUCAAAAUCAUAAGACAGAGACAGGACCUAUAAACAUGUAAGUCACUACUAUCACCACGCGGCCCUGGACGUGCUUCCCACUUUCUUUAAUUUUUUUUUAUUCUACUACUUAUAAUAUCUAUCCUCUGCAUAUAUUUUCACUUCAAAUUACAAAAUCUAUCUCUCAAAAAAUCAAAAUUUAGGUAUGCCUCCUCCGGCAAUGCUUGCAUUUGAUGAUGGCUCAGAUAACGAGUGGAAGGGUUUCACAGUUUUCCCUGAAGAAAACCCUUGCCGUAACCCUAACUAUAAUCUUAAUUUCUUGGUGAAGAAGGCAAUUCUAGAAGGUGAGAAAACAACGGGUCCUAUUUUCUCCCGUCCUUCGGAAAGAGAAGACAGCUUCAGAAUGGUAUUACCUCCAGCCAUGCCUCCGCCUAGAGACUCAGCCGUACCGCUUCCUAUGCUCCCUGAGCCGAUGAGGAUCCGGAAGAAACUUAGCCCCCAAGAAUCAUCCCAUUUUACGAGGAAGUCUCGUUACUCGGACAAAACCUUCUACAAGGAAGAAGAUUUCAAAUGUAACGCCUUCUGUUUGUCUCUACCUGGCUUCGGGAAACAAAAGUCGAAACGCCAAGAUUCGAUGGAGAAGAAGAUGAUCAGUACAUCUUCUUUCACUAACUCCACUGUUUCAACACGCUCCUCGGUCGAGAUAUUCGAAUGCGGUUCCUGGGCCUCGACGACAGCCCUGAUGCAAGAUAACGGAGGAAGAUAUGUGCAAGAACUGGUGACUUCACGGUCGUCAAUAAGAGAUUACCAGAGAUCGGCUGAGACUUCACCGCAACGCCGUGUGAGAUUUUCCACACCUUCUUCGGCUUCGGUUUCUUGCCCUACUUCGCCGCGGUCUUGUAUCACCCCACGAUUGCGUAAGGCUAGGGAUGACUUUAAUGCCUUCUUAUCCGCUCAAGACGCUUGAAUAAGCAAGAAAAAAAAGACACCAAGACUUUUUUUAAUGGAAGUAUGUUGUGUGUAUGAUUUAUGUGUAUUAAUCUGAGAUUAUCUUCAUGUUUGUUUCAUAUUCUGUUUUGUUCUUGGCUAACAAAGAGAAAAACAAAGGAA